UUGGUUGCUCUUCAGUUCGAUAUUUCUAAAAACUUGUCUGUGUUUAAUAACAUUGUGUGUGUGUGUUUUCUGGGAUUUUUAGUGUACACACGUUUGGACAUAGAUAUUUCAAUUCAUUUUAGUUUGUAAAAUCUUGUUUGUUGAAAGAGAAUUAUCAAAAUGGCGACAUCUGGAAUUUCAAGAAAUUAUGAUUUGGUUAAAUAUUAUUGUUGUACAACCUGCGAGAAAAAACGGUCUGUAGAAAUAGAUGCAGAUUUUUACUGUAAAAAAUGUCUUAAUUACUUCUGCAGAAAAUGUAUAAACUCCCACAGACAGCAUGGUCGGUGGUUUUAUAAAAAAUCGCCUUAUGGAAAGGAUAAAAUAAAGAAGUGGCCACUUUCUAAGAAGAUGGAGACUUCUCUUUUAACAUGUGUCAUACACAAGGUUGAACAGUUAACAAUAUACUGUCCGGACCACAGUCAGCUGUGCUGCUCGAGAUGCGUUGAGCUUGAUCACAGACUAUGCUUACAAGUAACUCCAUAACCUCAGGCUGCCAGAGGGAAGUCAACCAACUUCAAGAACCUGUCUGUCAGCACGGAAAAUACUCUUUCGCAAUUGAAACAAUGUCAGACAUUUCAGGAGGACAGAAUGAAGUCGUUUAAGGUUUCAUACAAAGAACAUGAGAGGCUUAUUGUGGAUGGUUUGCGUGUGAAUAUAGUAUCGUAUUUACGCGAAUGUGAAACCAGCACAGUUAAUACAACACAUGAACAUAUGCAAUACCCAAUCAGUGAAAUGCGUGAGGCAAUCAAAUAUUUAUUAGCAGAUUUUGAGAAAAGCACUAUUAAGGAGAAUAAAGAAGAGCUAAACCUGAAACAAGCUCCUCUCAAGGUUGUGAGAUACAGCUGCAUUAGACUUCACUAUGAAUUGUUCCAUCUCCAUGUAGCCAUACCGAAAGUACUGGGUAAACCUGAACUCUCUUUUAUUGCCAGUAAAAAAUGUCUGGAAAAUAUACAACAAUCUGAUAUAUUUAUACAAGAGAACUUUUCAAACAAGGUUUUCACUGUGAAUGGGAAGUCUGUGCACUAUGUGGAAAUGCUAAGUGAUUCAUACGAAUGCAUCAAAUCUAUAUGUGCUCUCCCAAAUGGACAGGUCCUGAUUGCAGAAAAUGUGAAUAAAAAUAAUAGAGUCAUGCUUCUGGAUCAGCAGUACCAGGUGGUGAGCCACUUGGAUGUGAGUGCUGCGCUGAACGACAUGCAGGACAUGUGUCAGAUCACACCCACUGAAGUUGCAGUGGCUGUACAUAUUUAUGCUAGUAAGACAGAUGAGGUCCAGUUUAUCACAGUCAUCCAUAGAGAGCUUGUGUCAGGAAGAAAACUUCAGUUUCAACAUGGCUGUUAUGGCAUUGCCCACCAUCAGGGAGACCUGUUUAUUGCAUCUGGUACUGCUCUGUUCAAGUACACAAUGAAUGGCAAACUAGACAGGAGACUCUAUGUAGAUGCCUUUACUGAUGGUACAGUAGACCAGUGUGCUGUGAGUCCCACAGGAGACAGGCUUUACAUUAUCAGCCGCCACCAGAAAAAGCUUCUCACCCUGGCAAGGGAUGGCACACUCCUGGCUACAUUGACAGACCCAGCAAUAUUGUUCCCACGUGGUCUACAUGUGACCCCUGCAGGCCAGGUGCUGGUCUGUGGAGGCUUGCUCCCAACUGUAAUACAGGUGGACUGGGAGGGGAAGAUUAAGCUGGCCACUCUGGUUACAUGGUGGGGUGGAAUGUCCCCAGUGUCAGUCUGCUACAGCAGCUCCACAUCAUCCAUCAUUGUGGGACAGUGGGAGGACACCAUCCUGGUGUUCAGAGUGGAAUAGUGU